CCUCUUCCUCCUCCUCCUCCUCCUCCUCCCGUGCGUAAUAAUUAGCUGGAGGCUUUUUGGAAACUUGCGAUGACCGUGAAGAAAUCUCACUCCAGUCCUGACACCUGUCGCUGAGACCACGGCCCGGGCCAGCGGCGCACACACCAGGAACAAAGUGCGCAGCUCCGUUUGGAUCUAUAACCCCUGCGUUCCGGACCCGGACAGGUCCCCGCGCAUCCGCACACCGCCUUCUGUGACCGACCGACGGGGAGACUUUGGUGUGACAUUGAGGAGUGUCAGGGGAAGAAAAAACAAAAAAAGAAAAGAAAGGGGAAGGAAGUGCACUCCAUGUGUCCAGAAAGUGACACUUUGAAAGAAUUUGAAUGCGUCUCGUAAAGUGAGCGCUCCGUUCUGCCUCCAUAAAAGCCUCCGUGUGGAGCCUCCCGGCCGGACACGCUCCCCCUGGCCGGACACGCUCCCCCUCGGCCGGACACGCUCCCCCUGGCCCGCCGAGCCUCCUGGAUGGUGGAAGGAGAAGGUUUCUGAACUUUCCUCGGAGAGUUGUAGUCGACCAGGUGGAGUGAGGACACGUGAAUGAAGAGGGAACACUCCAAACCCCCGGUACACAUAAACAGAGCACUUUCCCCCGCAGCGGGCGUGUGGCCGUGACGCGGCGGGCCAUCAUGAACACCAGGCCGGCUCCGAGGAGGCGCACCGGGGCCGUCCAUCUGCUGCUGGCGGCCGCGGUGCUCACCUGCAGCUCCCAACUACAGGUGGUGGACGCAAACUCGUGGUGGUCUCUAGGUCUGACCCCAAUCCAGCGACCAGAGAUGUAUAUUAUCGGAGCUCAGCCUCUCUGCAGUCAGCUGUCUGGUCUCUCGCAGGGUCAGAGGAAGCUGUGCCAGCUGUACCAGGAUCACAUGACCUACAUCGGAGAUGGUGCCAAGACGGGAAUCAAGGAGUGCCAGUACCAGUUCAGGCAGAGAAGGUGGAACUGCAGCACGGUGGACAACACAUCUGUGUUUGGACGGGUCAUGCAGAUCGGCUCCAGAGAGACGGCGUUCACCUACGCCAUCAGCGCCGCCGGCGUGGUCAACGCCAUCAGCCGGGCGUGCCGCGAGGGCGAGCUCUCCACCUGCGGCUGCAGCCGCGCCGCGCGACCCCGCGACCUGCCGCGCGACUGGCUGUGGGGCGGCUGCGGCGACAACGUCCACUACGGCUACAGGUUCGCCCGGGAGUUCGUGGACGCCAGGGAGAGGGAGAAGAAUUACCCGCGCGGGUCGCGUGAGCACGCCCGGACGCUGAUGAACCUGCACAAUAAUGAAGCAGGAAGACAGGCCGUCUCCAACCUUGCCAAUGUGGCCUGUAAGUGUCACGGCGUCUCGGGCUCCUGCAGUCUGAAAACCUGUUGGCUCCAGCUGGCUGACUUCAGACGUGUCGGAGAGUUCCUCAAAGAAAAAUACGACAGUGCCGCAGCCAUGCGGAUUGGACGCAAGGGAAAGCUGGAACUCGUAGACAAGCGCUUCAACAACCCGACCGCUGAGGACGUGGUCUACAUCGACACCAGCCCAGACUACUGCCUGCGCAACGAGACUACGGGUUCGCUGGGUACCCAGGGCCGCCUCUGCAACAAAACCUCAGAGGGCAUGGACGGCUGCGAGCUGAUGUGCUGCGGCCGAGGAUACGACCAGUUCAAGAUCUACAAGCACGAGCGCUGCCACUGCAAGUUCCACUGGUGCUGCUACGUCAAGUGCAAACGCUGCACGUCACUCGUCGACCAGUUUGUGUGUAAAUAGCAUGCUGGGAAGUCCUGGAAGCAGUGGAGAGGGAGGGUGAAGGUGAUCGUUCAGGGUUUUGCUCAGGAUGUGGCACUCACACGCUCAGUUUUCCUGUUAAUCCCCCACCAUUUCACAUGAAGCAAAACGAUACAUGAUGCCAGAUGAUCAGUGGACGACAGGAAGGGCAGAAGAAUCAUGUCUACUAUCCCGAUCACAAUCCUGAAAGAUGUGAAAGAAAGAAAUAAAGAUAACAAGUGUUGAACAAAGGAAAAACCUGGAUCCUCUAAAGGGGACCUUGUAUGACGGGUGUGAGGCAAAGAACUGAAAUAAAUAUAUAAUUAAAUGAUAAAUAAACAUACAUCUGAUUGUUAUUUAAAAUCAUUGCAGACCUUUGGAGUUUGGAGCAAUCUGAAUCUUUUUUGUCGCCAUAUGUGCCAAUUUGAAGUGAUUCUGGUUUGCACCGCCACAUGUGCUCUCACCCUGAAACCAGAGAGGAAGAGAAAGUGAAGGAGAGGAGGAAUCACAUUGGAGGAUGCUAAUCAAAACGAAUCCAGGAAGAGGGAGGAAAAUAAAAAUGAACUGAAAACGCAACAUAGGUGGAAGCUGGAUAUGCAAUAGCGGCAUCCAUCCGUAAAUCCGUCAGUUUUCAAACCACAACGACAUUCAGGAACACAAUUAUCUGGUCAUAAAAGGACACGAACGCGCCGUCCUCUGCCCGCGACCUGACAAGCGUGCCUGUUUGCGGGUUAAUGAGGCCUGCUGGUUGCACCAUCUCCACAAUGCGGCUGUUUUUAAAGAAGCAGCUGGUGCUGACAGUCCAGCUCCGUAACCUUCAGCUGACAGCCAGGCAAACAAAACCUCCAUUAGUGAGAUUAAUGUGCUGGAUCUGCCUUAAUGAAGCCGCAAGAAGACACACAUUCAGUGUGAGUGGGCCUCUUCAUCUCGGGUUGUUCUGCAGCUUCAGUCGGGAAAACCGCACCGUUGUGUAAACCUGGCAGUUCGACAUUUUCUAAUUGUUAUACCGUGAUUUUCUAAUUUGUGUUUGUAAUACAAAGUAGAAAUGCAGCAAGAGGACAAAGUGAGCAGACGAGGACUGAACAUGCUGUGGAAACACGAUGAAACAGAAAGGACUGCAAUUUAUUAAGUACUACUUUUAAGAAAUAGUAGAUCAAAAAAAGAAAGUAUAUUUUAUUACUGUUAUUGAUUCCCUGUUUUCUCUGUUUUAUACAUGUGUAUUAUUGUGUAUUCUUUUGAUAAACUAGUCUUUGAAACUA